AGGCCAUCACUUUCUUUCACGCUAUCAUCUAAAUAUGAAUCCGACUUACCGACUUAUUACCGCCGUUUAAACGACUCAAUCAACAUUAAGUUUUCCCACUCCAUUGUAACUUAAUAUUAAUCCCAGUACUAUUUAAAUAUCACAAACACACACUCCUCUUCAUUCAUUCACCCAUCCAUUUACAAACACUCAAAAUCGAGGAGAGAGAAAAACCAGAAACACGAAUAAGAGCUGAGAAAAAAAAAAAAAAAAAAAAAAAAAAAAUAGAAGAUCGAUCGGAUUGGAUUGCGUUAAAAUGCCAGCACUGUAUAUCACUACAAACGUCAACUUGGACGGACUCGAUAUUGAGCCCGUCUUCUCCGAAGCCAGUGCUGCGGUUGCUACCAUUAUCGGCCGCCCUCAACAUUUGGUAAUGGUGGUGGUGAAAGGAUCAGUUCCAAUAUCAUUUACAGGAACAAAGGAGCCAGCAGCAUUUGCACAGUUAAUAUCAAUGGGUGGAAUUAACAAAGUAGUGAAGAAAAACUUGAUAAAAAGUCUAGGUGCCAUCCUUGACAAUCAUCUUUCAAUCCCUCCUGCUAGAUUUUUCUGCCAUGUUGUUGAUACUACUGCUGGUCGCCCACAAUCUAAGCUUUGAUUUUUAUUUUUAUUAUUGUAAACUUAUUUGAUUUUCCAAUUUAAUUAAAUCUACCAAUUUGGAAGAUUGUUAAAUUUAGUUGUUAGUUUAAUUUUCAUCUGGAAGAUUGUUAAAUUAGUGGCCCCUUUCAGUGGCCUUUCUCAAUAUUAAGAUGAAAUUCUCAUAUACGACGGCGUGUUGUAUGCAACAUGAAUCAUCGCAAAUCAUGUAAAAGUCGUCUCCGUAUAAGAGAGUGUUAAUUUGUGAUUUGGCGGGUUUUUUUUAAACUGUGAUGAUGUAAUAGAAAGUUUAAUCACUUGAUGCAGUCCAAGUAUUCAAAUAUACAAUAGUACCAUUUUUCAUCUCA